AGAAUCAAGCUGUACAAUGACAACCUAUUUGGAAUUCAUCCAACAAAAUGAAGAACGAGAUGGAGUCCGAUUUAGUUGGAAUGUUUGGCCAUCAAGUCGACUGGAAGCCACCAGAAUGGUUGUUCCGGUGGCAGCCUUAUUUACACCACUGAAAGAGAGACCUGACUUACCUCCCAUUCAGUAUGAACCUGUUCUGUGCAGUAGGACCACCUGCCGGGCAGUUUUGAAUCCUUUAUGUCAAGUGGAUUAUAGAGCAAAACUGUGGGCUUGCAACUUUUGUUAUCAAAGGAAUCAGUUUCCACCUACUUAUGCUGGGAUAUCUGAACUGAAUCAGCCUGCUGAACUUUUGCCUCAGUUUUCUAGCAUUGAAUAUGUAGUUCUGCGUGGUCCUCAGAUGCCUUUGAUAUUCCUCUAUGUGGUUGAUACUUGCAUGGAAGAUGAAGAUUUACAAGCUCUGAAAGAAUCCAUGCAGAUGUCUUUAAGUCUCUUGCCACCUACGGCUUUGGUUGGACUUAUUACUUUUGGGAGAAUGGUGCAGGUUCAUGAACUUGGAUGUGAAGGCAUUUCAAAAAGUUACGUCUUCAGAGGAACAAAAGAUCUGUCUGCCAAACAACUGCAGGAAAUGCUGGGGCUUUCUAAAGUACCAGUUACUCAAGCAACACGUGGACCUCAGGUACAGCAGCCACCUCCUUCCAACAGAUUUUUACAGCCAGUACAGAAAAUAGACAUGAAUCUCACAGAUCUUCUGGGAGAACUUCAGCGAGAUCCUUGGCCUGUUCCCCAGGGAAAGAGACCCUUGCGUUCCUCGGGAGUGGCUCUUUCCAUAGCAGUAGGGCUACUUGAGUGCACUUUUCCCAACACUGGUGCUCGUAUCAUGAUGUUCAUUGGCGGCCCUGCCACCCAGGGACCUGGCAUGGUGGUUGGAGAUGAACUGAAGAUACCUAUAAGAUCAUGGCAUGACAUUGAAAAGGACAGUACCAAAUACGUAAAAAAGGGAACUAAGCAUUUUGAAGCAUUGGCGAAUCGGGCUGCUACCACUGGCCAUGUUAUUGACAUCUAUGCCUGUGCAUUAGAUCAGACAGGUCUCCUGGAGAUGAAAUGCUGUCCCAACCUUACUGGAGGAUACAUGGUAAUGGGUGAUUCUUUCAACACUUCCUUAUUCAAACAAACUUUUCAAAGAGUCUUCACCAAAGAUAUGCAAGGACAAUUUAAAAUGGGCUUUGGCGGGACAUUAGAAAUAAAGACCUCAAGGGAGAUAAAAAUUUCAGGGGCUAUUGGACCUUGUGUGUCUCUCAAUUCUAAAGGACCCUGUGUGUCUGAAAAUGAGAUUGGAACAGGUGGCACUUGUCAGUGGAAGAUAUGUGGACUCAGUCCUACUACAACCCUAGCCAUAUAUUUUGAGGUUGUUAAUCAGCACAAUGCUCCAAUUCCUCAAGGGGGACGUGGUGCAGUCCAGUUUGUGACCCAGUAUCAGCAUUCCAGUGGGCAGAGACGCAUCCGAGUGACGACCAUUGCCAGGAAUUGGGCAGAUGCUCAAACUCAAAUCCAGAACAUUGCUGCAUCAUUUGACCAGGAGGCAGCUGCCAUUCUUAUGGCCCGGCUGGCAAUAUAUAGAGCAGAAAUAGAGGAAGGGCCAGACGUGCUUAGAUGGCUGGACAGACAGCUCAUCCGGCUGUGUCAGAAAUUUGGAGAAUAUCACAAAGAUGACCCAAGUUCCUUCAGAUUUUCAGAAACUUUCUCCCUUUAUCCACAGUUUAUGUUUCAUUUAAGAAGAUCUCCUUUCUUGCAAAUUUUUAACAACAGUCCUGAUGAGAGUUCAUAUUAUCGUCACCAUUUUAUGCGUCAGGAUCUGACCCAGUCUCUAAUCAUGAUUCAGCCUAUUCUGUACGCAUAUUCUUUUAGUGGACCACCAGAGCCCGUUCUCCUGGACAGCAGCAGCAUUCUCGCAGAUCGCAUUCUUCUCAUGGACACGUUCUUCCAGAUUUUGAUCUAUCACGGUGAGACCAUAGCACAGUGGCGGAAAUCGGGGUACCAGGACAUGCCGGAGUAUGAGAACUUCCGGCACCUUCUUCAGGCUCCAGUGGACGACGCGCAGGAGAUCCUGCACUCCAGGUUCCCAAUGCCACGGUACAUUGACACCGAACAUGGUGGCAGCCAGGCCCGUUUCCUGCUUUCCAAAGUCAACCCUUCACAGACUCAUAAUAAUAUGUAUGCCUGGGGGCAGGAGUCUGGAGCACCUAUUCUCACAGAUGAUGUUAGUUUGCAAGUAUUUAUGGAUCACCUGAAGAAACUUGCUGUGUCAAGUGCUGCUUGACAUGCUCAACAUGUUCAGGACACUUAAGAAGAUGAAAUAAUAUCUCAAUUUCAGUUUUUCUUUUUUCUAUGUUUUUCUUUUGAGACAGGGUU